UUCAAUCAAGACAUAAAGAUACAAUUAGUAAACAGUUUCGGUUCAGAUUCAUCAUACCAUCAUAAUAAUAAUAAUAAUAGAAGUAAUAAUAAUAACAAUAUAAUUAAUCAUAGAAAUAUCUUUAGUAGUAGUAAUAACUUAAACAAUAGUAACUCAAACAAUCUUGUAAAUAAUAAUAUCAACAUCAACAUUAGCAACAAUAAUAAUAAUAGUACAACAACCAACAUCAGUCCAAGUGGCUACCACAUCAAGAAAUUAAAGCACAAUAGCCACUCCCCACAUACGUCAAGGUCGGACAUGGUCGCGAAUCGUUUCGAACAGAGCUCAUGGAUGAACUGCGAAGGCGACUCGGUCAAGCAGUAUAAUAACGUUUGCACAAAGGUCACGGACUACUUGUAUAUGGGCAGCCAGCGCAUCGCCUCUGAGCUGCAGACACUGCAAUCAUUCGGCAUCACUCAUAUUAUCAACGCGUCGGUCGAGUGCGAGAACUACUUUGAAGACCAUCCCGACCACCCAUUCGUUUACAAGAAGUUCCCGUUGCGCGACGAGUCUAGCGAAGACAUUGGCGCCGUGUUCUCGUCCGUCAUUGCCUUUAUCGAGGAGGCUCGCAGCAGACAGGGCAAGGUGUUUGUGCACUGCCAGAUGGGCGUCAGUCGCAGUCCAUGCCUGUGUAUCCUUUGGCUGAUGCACAAUGAUCGUCUGACACUGCAACUGGCCACAUCAUACAUUCGCGACAUCCGACCCAUCAGCAGACCCAACUUUGGCUUUGUCCUGAGCCUCAUGAACUGGGCCAGCAAAGAGGGCCUGAAAGGCGAGUCCGAGACAAACAGCUCGUCGUCGUCGCCCGUGCCCUUUGCCAAUGUCGAAGACAACACAUGUCUGUCGGCACCCUCCUCACCUUCACUCUCACUCUCCAACGUCUCAUCCCCAAUCACCUCACCACCAGUCAGCUCUCCCCACAUACUGCCCUUGUCAUUCGAGGUGCUCACCGUUAAGACUCCACCAUCCUUCUCCUCGCAGCCAAUCAAUCCCAUCAGCGAUCCAUCAGACUUUCUAAGUUGCAAGCUCGAUGAACAUCAUCACAACCUAUCAACAACAUCCACGACCACAACUACAACUACAUCAAUAUCAUCAAAAGAA